UUUAUUGAGAGGGAUGAAAUGUGACGGUGUUUUGACUUUCUCUUACAGAAACCUGUCUGUAGUUUUGUUUUCUAAUGUAGUUCUUCUUGAAACUAGGGGCCUCAUUUUCUAUAUGCAACUCUUUCUUCUUGAUUCCUUCACCAUUUUUGGAUACCCUUCUUCUUGUUCCUCACCUCCUCUUUUUCGCUUCGUUUUUACCCUUUCUUUCUUUCUUUUAUACUUUUCUUGAAUAGCUUGAAACCAAGAAAACCUUUUGUGCACUUAAAUAAGAGUGCGCUGUAGCAGAAAGGUUGCUGUAGAAUCUGAAAUAUUAAGAAGGAUGAGUGCUUCAAAGUUCAUAAAAUGUGUGACUGUGGGAGACGGUGCUGUGGGCAAAACCUGCAUGCUCAUUUGUUACACCAGUAACAAGUUCCCAACUGAUUAUAUUCCAACAGUGUUUGACAAUUUUAGUGCUAAUGUGGCUGUAGAUGGCAGUAUUGUCAACUUAGGACUAUGGGAUACUGCAGGUCAGGAAGAUUAUAGCAGGUUGAGGCCAUUGAGUUACAGAGGUGCUGACAUAUUUGUAUUGGCUUUCUCUUUAAUCAGUAGGGCCAGCUAUGAAAAUGUCCUCAAGAAGUGGAUGCCUGAACUUCGUCGCUUCGCGCCUAAUGUUCCAGUUGUGCUUGUUGGAACAAAGUUAGAUCUUCGUGAAGACAGAGGAUAUCUAGCUGAUCAUAUGGGAUCUAACAUCAUUACAACUGCCCAGGGGGAGGAGCUGAGGAAACAAAUUGGUGCGGCAGCUUAUAUAGAAUGCAGCUCGAAGACUCAGCAGAAUGUGAAAGCUAUUUUCGAUACUGCAAUAAAGAUUGUGAUUCAACCUCCAAGGAGGAAGGAGAUUCCAAGGAAGAAGAGAGAUAGGAGCACCGGUUGCUCGAUUGUCAGGGGAAUUGUCUGUGGAGGCUGUGCUGCUUAGCAAAUGUUGACAUUGUGUAUGCUGGAUCUCUAACAUGACAAGUUCUACCUUCUCUGUGCAUGCGUGUAUUAACUACUUCGUUAAAGGGUGAUGUACCAAUGUGGUUUUGAUGCAGUUAUUUUUCCUACAACCUGACCAGUGAAUGGCAGGGAGAAUUGAUCAUUCUCUCUGGUCUUGUAACACUGUAUUUUCACUUCUGUUGUGUGUGAUGAUGUGAUUACUUAUAGAAUUGAAUGAUAUUUCUCAUUUGUUUCAUUGUCUAUUAUAAUCUCCAUAGAUUGUUUCA